AUGACACGACGCCGCAGGAAUACGCCAAAACAACAAGCCAGAACAGAGCUUGCAGGAGAAGCUCAGAAGACAGAUGGCUCUCCGAGUUCGUGUGCACCUAUGACACAAUACCAACAUUUCAUUCCACGGUUCAUAUUGCGAAGAUUUCAAGUCGGACCAGUGAGGUCCAAAGCAGAACGACAAAAAGAAUUCCGACGCACCGGUGUUGAUCCUGAAUACGUCCACUACUACGAUAUUGCUACGGGUGUACGGCGUACCGAAUGUCUACCAGGACGUCCGAAACUACCUCAUAAUAUCAACGAAGUAGAGGAGAAAUUAGCGGAUCUCGAACGUCAUGCGGCCUCCAUUAUCAUGGACUUGCAUAAGCGCUUCCUCAGGUUUAUCAUGCAUUAUCGCAAUGUAUCAUAUUCCGGCACUUACUUCCAAGUGGAUCACCCAGAGAACGCAGGAGGCCGUCAGUGGAUCGAGUCCUUCAUGAAGGCGAAGGGUAUUCAUUCUGCUGUCGAGAUAUGGCUACACUUCCUCAAAUACUACCUGGAUUCAUCUCAUUCAGGACAUCAUGCGAGAUGCUGCAGAACUCGUAGAGAAGUACGGCGAACUUACACUUACCACACUCACGCGAACAACUACUUCUUCAGUAUCUGGGAAGCAGCGGAAGGGGAAGAAUUUAUCCUCACGCACAACGCAUUUGGCUUGUGGGAAGGUUUAGGCAGAUGGCCACCCCGACUUGCACCGCAUAUUCAUACACCACCAACUCCAAGUUACGUCAGUGGAAAAGACGGUACCCACAUCGGCCAUGCAGAUUGGAAUUCUGCAACGUCACUUGCACGUUACAGAUCCUCCCAGGAAGGGGCGAAUGACAGUUUUGUGUUCAAGAUCACAAAACUGUCGCGACCCCAGACAUUGGAGCUCAAUUCUGUCCUAUUAGUCAACGUGAGGAAGACGGGCUCUUUGACCUUCCUGUCUAGGAGGAGUAUGCUCCGCACUGCGCGUGCGUUCCGGAGUUUGCCAGCCAAUUUCCAUGCGAGCGAGCUGCUUGUUCCGCUCAUUGCGCGAUUAACAGAUACCAUGGAGACAGAAGUGUCGGCUCUUUGCCCACCAUCACAGUCGCCAGCGGCUGUCCUCGGCCAGGACGUUGACGCACUCACACUCGUUGAUGUAGUGCUCUAUGUGCUUCUAAUGCAAAUAUGCAUGGGUAUCAGGCAGUUCGAAACGGCAUACGACAGGGCACAUCUAGUCUUCAGAAUCAUGGAGAAAUCAAAGCCCACUUCAUUCGCAGACGAAAUCAGCCGAGAAGUCGAGAAGGCUUUCAAGGUCUGCAAAGAUUCGGAGGAUGAGAUGCCUGUCGGAGAGGGCGUCAGUUUCGCCCCCCUACUCUCUUCGAUUUCCAACGAGUCGUCUUCUCAACUCUUCCAAUUCAUGAUACCUUGCAUGAGCAGACUGGGCGCAGUGAUGUCUGGAGGUGAAGGGAUUUUAGAAAAGCUUCAAGAUGAAGUCACGGUAGUGUGCUUUCUUGCACGUGCGUCGACCAGCCCAGCAGUGUGGCAUGCCCUCUCGUGUACCAGCCCACAGGCCCCUGAAAUCUUGCCAAGGCUAUUCAAGAAAGGCACUCCAAGAGAUGGAACUGUUGUGAACGUCACUCGGUUUAUGCAUGAGCGCAUUUCAUCAUCUGGUUUCUCUUCUGGUUUUCAUAUGGCAUAUUCAUUACGAGGAAUAUGUGGCAUGGCUGGGCCAACCACCAAUCCCGUCAGUCAGAACUAUUACCGGUUAACGGCAUCUAUAAUUCAAUGUCUUGGUCGCAUGACGCUGGGGUCCCUACCAGAACCAUACUCUUCGCAGCCGCGCGAGAGGCCCAAGGCCCGGCUCCUGUUCAAGAUGUCAGAAGAGCAUUCAGAGCUACUUUUCUUGAAUAUGAAGAUGAUACUGCGGAAAGCGCUCCCAGGAUAUGAGCCUUCGCCUGGAGGGAGUACUCUAGGUCAAACCCUCGGAAAGUGGAUAGAUGAGAUGGCCAUCGUCGGUUGUCUUUCGUGGUUGGGAAAGCACAGGAGGAAUUUUUUGGACUUCAUUUUGGAUGGGUUUCCGCAGGGUAUGAAUUUCAAGUUGUUUGAAGAUGAAGAAGCCACUGGGAGUACCUAAAUCGACUUGUUCGAAUUAAUCUUCGUUCAAGAUCAUUUACUGAAACGCAUCAGUUGUAGUAGUAUUGUACAUAUCUUUGUGAAUCAAAUGCCAGUGAGGAUUC